AUGUGUCGAUGGUGGCAUGCACCAGAAAUGAUCAUCAGUCCGGAGCAUUGCAAUAAAAAAGUUGAUAUAUGGUCUGUCGGUUGUAUUAUGGCUGAGUUGAUUGUUCGACAGCCACUUUUUCCUGGUACAAGUCAAUCUGAUCAAUUGACAAAAAUUUUUGAUAUUACUGGAACACCUGAUUCAAAAACGUUAGAUGAGAUGAAUAUGCCUUUAGGUGUACGCCAAUACUUUGAAACAUUAUCUCUCAAACCAAAGCAAGAUUACGAAAAACUAUUUGGCUAUAAAUAUAAUCAAGGCAGUGAAACACCAGUUUCGGGUGUUUCUUCACAAGGUGUUAUCUUACUUGAUCGUUUACUUUCGUUGAAUCAUUGCAUGCGUCCGACUGCUGAAGAAUUGCUAAGUUAA